AUGAAACUUUCUUCUGCUACCCUUUUGUUGGUUUCUGCUUUAGCUGUUCAAGCUUCCAAUCCAACUCCAGAACAAACUGCUGAGUUAGUUGUCCUAUUGAAUGAUGUCAACGCCAACUUUGGUUCUUAUACUUCCUGGUUUUUGUCAUCUGGUAGAGCCAUUCCAAAUGGUAUCAUCCCUGCUUAUUUUGCCGUCCACAAUGCUAAAGCUGGUGACCUUUCUUACACAACCAUGUUCACUGGUUUAGAUAUGGACGGACUACUUGCUAUGGCUACUGCUGUUCCAUGGUAUUCAUCUUACUUGUCUGCUGAUAUUGCCUCUGCUAUUUCCAGUGUUGAUGCUUCGCUAUAUCCACCAACAACCUCAUCCACAACAUCCACAACCUCAUCAGUUGUUCCAACAACAUCAUCCACAACAUCCACAACCUCAUCAGUUGUUCCAACAACAUCAUCCACAACAUCCACAACCUCAUCAGUUGUUCCAACAACUUCUUCCACUACUCCUUCAAGCUCCUCCUCUGUUGUUCCAACAACUUCAUCUGCUAUUCCAUCAACCUCUUCUAUUGUUCCACCAACUUCCUCUGUUCCAUCUACAUCUUCUACAACUCAAAAUAUCGAGCCACAAAGCAUUUCUGCCAGUAUGCCAGUAGAUGAAACCUCUAGCUCUGUCGAAAUCAAAUAUUCAUCUUCUGUUCAACAAAGCAGUAGUGAGUUCACAAGUUCCUCCUCCUCCUCAUCUGUUGCUGCUACUCCAACUACGAUUGGAGCUUCUUCUGUCGAUGCUGAGUCUACUUCUUCCAUUGAAUCUACUUCUGCUGCCCAACCUACUUCUAUUGCCGAAUCUACUUCUUCCGUUGAAUCUACAUCUGCCGUUGACCCAACCUCCUCUGCUACUGAAAUCACUUCUCAGUCUUCAGUUUUUUCAUCUGCUUCUACUUCUGAUAUUACAAGUGUUGGUUCCUCUGCGGACUCUGUUGCCCCUUCUACUUCCUCUUUAAUAACUUCCAACAAUAUUGUUACCGAACAUUCUACCGUCAUUAACAAUAAAACUGUUGUUAUUAAAACCAAUUCUGUCAUUGCUACUGAAAUUGCCACCAUUACAUCAUGUUCGAAAGGUGUAUGUACCAAGGAAACCGUUACCAACACCAGAUACGGAACUGAAACGGAUACUGUCACUACUUGUACUGAAUCUGAUAAAACUAAGAAGACCGUCACCGACAGUCAAACUGAAAGAGACACUAUCACUACUUGUAUUGGUACUGAACAAGCCAUGGACGCUGCUCAUCCAGUUACUAUCACUUCCCUAACCACUACUGUUGCCACUGUUUGUAAUGAAAAAUGUCACUCAGCUAAAUCAGCUGCUUCUGCUUCUGCUGUUGCUCAAGUCAAUAAGUUAACUACCACCACUGUCACUACUUGUGAUGAAGCAUGUCAUUCAUCUAGAUCUUCUUUUGCUUCUGUUAAUGCCCAAGUGAAAGCUACCAAUGGUCCAAACUCUUCUGUUAAGGUUACCUCAGUAAACACUAAAUAUACUUCUGCUCCAGUUGUUGCUCAAGUCACUCAAAGUAGCAAUACAGGGUCCUCUCAUGGUAUUUCCAUUCAGUCUGAGAACGGUGCUCUAAAGAGAACUACCGGUUUAAGUGCUAUUAUCCUAGGUGCUGCCUUGUUACUUCUAUGA